ACACUAAGGGUAGAGUGUAGAUAUAUAUAUAUAUAUAUGUGUAUCAAUUGAUGGAAUAUCUUUUCCUUUCUUCUGAGAUAAAUUUUGGUUUUUCGGUUACUGAUUUUUGGGUUUCGAUUUCCGAUUUCUCUCUGUCUUCCUGUUUCUCCUCCUUUGGGGAAUUCCAUCACAUAUAAUGAAAACCUCAUCAUUGGCAAGCCUGAUGGCUUUAAAUACCAUCACGCAUGCACAGACGGAUGCAAUCUCAAUGCCAAUUCGUCUCUUGUAUGGACCGUUGAGUAAAGUCACUACACCGGUUAUGGUGGGAAGUGGCAAUGAAGAGAUUGGGCAGAGUAUCGAGGUUGUGGUUGAUUAUGGGAGUGCGGAUUUUUGGGUCUUCGGCCCAAACGCAACCGUAAACUAUGGAUCCCAAUACCUCGGAUUCACCGGUGCGUGCAACACCAGUCCUGCAUACUACUACCACCCCGACAACGUCACCCUCUCCAACUUCGCCGAAUCCUAUUCCUACGGUGGCAAUUCCAAAAUCCUCGACGCCACCCACUCCGUAAACGAUACGCUGUAUUUCUCGUCCAGCCCCGCUAUCCCUAACAUCGAAAUCGCGCUCGUAUCUUCCGGCGUCGUGCGUCAGUAUGUUGCCGACGGGGAGCCCUGUCCAGAGCUCUCCUACGACUACGGUAUCAUGGGUCUAUGUCCCUCGACCACCUACGACAACGGUCCCAAUCUCAAAACCAACCUCCUAAACCAAGGACGCAUUUCCGCAUCCGUGGCUUCGAUGUAUUUCUCGCCUCCGCCGGCCGAUGCAUCCAUCACCUCUAACUUCACCGGAACCCUCCUCCUGGGUGCGCUCCCCCCCGCGGAUUCCUACACCGGGGAACUCAUCCCCGUGCCUAUCACGACGCCAGCCGGCGGAAGCGGAUACUACAUUUCCCAACCCAUCAUCUCGCACGCGAACACCUCCAUCCCCACCGAUUACCCCACCGAGACAUGUCUCGUGGACUCGGGCUCCCUGGCUCUCACGCUCCCGUACGCAUACAACAACACUGCGUUUUUCGCCCGCACCGGCUUCCAGGAUUACGAAAAUAUCAUCGUCUACCCAUCGAACUGCGAAGAGAUCCCCCGCGAUCUCACGCUCGAUUUUGAGUUUGCCGGGACGGGAAAUGCGUCGGUGAGUGUGAGCGUGCCGUAUAGGUAUUUGGCGCGGGGAUCGUUGGGUCCGGGGGGCGUGACGCCAGAGGGAAUGUGUGUGAUGAGUGUGGCGACGGGGAGUGGGUGUACGUUUGGGGCCCCGUGGUUUCUGGGCGCGAGCGUGGGGGCGGAUGAUGGGGAGGGGGUGGUGUGGAUUGCGCAGGGGGUUUUGUAG